GAAACUUUGCUUGGCUAGCUACAUCAAGCUAACAAUGACCGUGACACAUGCAUACUGUAUAAUUUCAUUUUAUUUUAGAUGAACAUAUAAUAAUCAUAGGAUACUCCUACAAGUCUGGAAUAUAUUGUAUGUAGAUAUUAACUGUGCAAUGCUAAAUGUUGACAGCAGUGUAGCUAGCCAGUUAGCCAACUUGCUACAAAGUAAACACCACAGCAGACGACUGACUAUGUUGAUGGUUUAUCGAGGGAUCUUGUCUAAAUAUCGUUUGAUAAUACAUCAGCAGAGAUGAAGAAAUGGAACUGGCGUGAGAAAGGCAGGGACCGCAGGCGAAACGGUCACCGUUCCGACUGGUACAGGGACAACAGACACCGAACCCAAGAACAAAGGCAUAGCAGUAGUGACGCAGGUCCCUCUCACAGAGACCCUCUGAGCGAUUCUCACGCUGAUGGGUCAUCCUCCUCUUCAGCUCCAGAGCUGCCAGGGUUCUACUUCGACCAGGAGAAGAACAGGUACUUUCGCUUGUUGCCUGGACACAACAACUGCAACCCUCUAACCAGAGAGCUGCUGCAGGAGAGGGAGAUGGAGAAGCAGAGAUCUAGGAUGCUCACAGAGGACGAGAAGCCCAGGAAGAAAGCACCAAGGUCAGGCCUCAACUCCGCAUUGCUGUUGCAGAAAAGACACCUGGGGUUGCUACCUGGAAGCUCCUAUUGUAGGUUGAUCCAUGAGGUGAAGGUGAGUGGGAUGAGACGUCACAGGCUGGAGGUCCAGAGCUCAGACACCAACAGCCCCAACACGGACAACUUCAGACUCAUAGUGGGGGACUCGGCGUGUGAGCGGGUGUUCACGGUCAACGACGUGUCCCACGGAGGCUGCAAGUACGGCAUCAUGAACUUCCAGAGCUGCAACCGUGGCUCUCUGUCUGUGGAGAUGUGUGACAACCUGUACUUCACCAACCGCAAGGUGAACUCCAUCUGCUGGGCAUCUGUCACCCACUCAGACUCGCAUGUCCUGCUGUGUCUGGUGGGUAUGGCGGAGACCCCUGGCUGUGUCAGCCUGCUACCUGCGUCUCUCUUCAGCAACUCCAACCCAGACCAGCCAGGGAUGCUGUGCAGCUUUAAGAUCUCCACAGCCUGGUCCUGUGCCUGGUGUCUCAAUCCCCAGGCAGACAAGACCUUCAGCACAGGCCUCUCUCGUCGUGUCAUCGUGACGGACGCCGUGACGGGCCGGAGACAGACAUAUGGCAUCGGCAGUGAUGUGCUGGCUCAGCAGUUCGCUCUCAGGGCCCCGGUGCUGUUUAACGGCUGCCGCUCCGGGGAGAUCUUCAGCAUCGACCUGCGCCAGCGCGGCCGGCGGGACCACAGCUGGAAGGCCAGCCGCUUCCACCAGGACUCAGCCAUCACCUCCGUACGCCUGCUGCAGGAUGAGAACUACCUGCUGGCUGCAGACAUGCUGGGCCAGAUCAAGAUGUGGGACGUUCGUGUGAGCCGGCCGGUGCAGCAGUAUAAGGGUCAUCAUAACCAACACGCCUACCUGCCCCUCCACGUCAACGAGCCUGAGGGGCUGCUGCUGGCAGUGGGUCAGGACUGCUACACUCGUGUGUGGAGCCUGGGGGACGGCCAGCUGUUACGGACCAUCCCGUCCCCCCACCCGGCGGGGAAGGACCUGAUCCCCAGCGUGGUGUUCUCCUCCCAGCUGGGGGGCCGCAGGGGCCUCCCCGGCCUCCUCAUGGCCGUCAGACACGACCUCUACUACUUCCCCUACAACAGCGACUACCAGGAGGGGGGCGAGGGGCGGGGCGAGGGGCGGGCCUCCGUGGUUGCAGAGGCUGUCUGUUAGAACCGGGGGCCCUGGUCUGGGACAGGCCGCUCGCUGUCUUCUCUGAGAGAUUCAAUGAGGAACAUGGGUCUAACGGAACGGGUCUAAUUUAGACGUAGAUGUACUCUCCAUUCGGGUCUGCCCUUGCUGUGAUUAUGGUUGGACAAGACUGGGAUAAGACUGGCUGCCAGAAGGCUUAUCCCUACUCUGGUGGCUGUGGCCUGGGUGGAGGCCUGGCCACUGGGCGCUGUAGGCACAAAACUGUGGUGGAACAAAGCUAGCUGAUUCCCUCUCAGGGCUCUCAGCGGUGGGUGAAGCCAGAUCGCUAGCCUGCUGAAACACUUCCUCUCAAAGUGCAAUUGAUGAUGUGGUCCCUUUGAGUUGAUUUUCUGAAAUUUUCUUCUGCGAGGAGCAGUUUUUGUACAUAACUUUAUGAAUGGAUUCAAUAAUGAUUCUAAAGUGUUUAUGAUAGUCAGACAGUACAUUUUAUAUGAUGUCAUUGUCGUUUUUUGAAAUGAAUAAAACCUCCCUGAAUGAGGAUGAAUUUUUAAAAACCAUUCAGAGUAUUCUGCUUUCAUACGUACACACACACACACCUUGUACAGCUUCUCCAGUUUAUUACAUGAGCAUACAGAGUACGAUGAUUGUGACGGUAAUUAAAUGUCUUCAAUCUGA